AUGCCUCCCGCUACCCAUCCACUGAAGACUCCCCGUCGUAAGCCACGGGGAAAGGUCGAUCGCUUCACAACUCUUCUCCAAGAAACGCCACGACGCUCAACCACCAAUGCAAAUGCCGAUACUACAACCACGCUCCUCCGUGCCAAUCUUGGACAAUUCAUGAACGCUGAGAUGUUCGCGUGCGAACCUGAGGAUUUCAUUAUCCACUACCUUCCGAUGUGCGAGGAUGACGAGGUCCAGGAGACUCUCAAGCUCUUGAAGGACAGAGGGAUCCUGGUACCACGGCUGCUCCCGACGGAAGAUGAGAAGGUCGAACAGGGAACGCAAGCAGCCGACUCAACUGAUUCAGGAUCGGAGAGAGAGGCGUACGAUCACGUUCUAAGCUGUUUCAUGAAAUCUCCCAAGGUGCUCAAGGACACGUACGAAAGCUUGAAGAGACAAGGUCUCGCCGACGCUGCUCAGGCUGUCGACGAGAAGUCAGUGUUUGACAAGAUAGCCACAAUCGACGAUCAGAUUCGCACAACGCUCGCCAAAGUGAAAGGGGUAAAGGCAAACGAAUAUUUCAUUCGCAUGUGCCCAGAUGCUCGCCUCAAAGGUGUUCUCCCUGGAUGCAAUCACAGGAUUGACGCAAGUAUGACGAAGAAAAGGGGAGGACGCCUCCGAGUCACCGACGUCGCCGUUCCAUUCGAGUUCAAGUUGAAUCGCACUGAGGGAGAUGCCCAAGGGAACGCAGAGCAACUUCUGUCUCACGUGAAUUACACGAUGAAUGAAGAUGUUCGACGAGUCUUUGUGCUUGGGAUUACCGUUGAAGAUGACCGGGUAUCAUUGUGGUACUUCUCUCGCUCCCACUCUAUGAAAGCAAGGUCCUUCAGUAUUAUCGAGAAUGCCAACUUAUAUGUUAAAGUUAUGAUCGCUUUGGCGAUUGCUACGGAGGCGCAACUGGGAUAUGACCCUCUCGUCACUCACAUCCAGGGCAACCACUACAUCUACAAGUUCCCGGCGGACGAUACACGAUCAGAGGACGAAUACUACUACACACUCCAAUGCCUUUCGCACGAUCGAACCCUCCGCCUUACAGGUCGCUCCACUCGUAUUUGGAAGGUCAGACGCGUACCAUCACCCACCCUCCACCGCCGCUUGUUUGGAACAGAAGAGAUGGUGCUGAAGGACGUAUCCCUCGAUGCGUAUGCUCCAACAGAGGGGGAGAUACAAAGGGCUCUUUUCUCGGAUAUUGAUGCCUUUGGGGAGACAGAAUGGCGCGAGCAUGUUUUACUGAAGGAUUACGCCGAGAGCGACAUAAUGGACAUUGCGGAAGCUCUAGAAGGAGGGAAGUACAGGGAAUUCUUCUCCUGUGUCGAAGCGGAAUAUGUUGGCAACCCUGGUCUGACCCUCUGCCCGUUGGCGUGGUCAGUUCCUGAUCUCUUCCGACUCCCGAAUGAACCGCUGAAUCUUUACCAAUCAUUCCGCAACGCUGCUCCUGCGGACGACACCGAGUCCCAGGCAUUUGGCCCCAGAAGGCAGUGUCGGUUCCUCUACAAAUACGUCUGCACUGCGCUCCAUGACAUUGGAACCCUGGGCGAGUUUUCGGACAUUCUCAAGCAAGGCUUAACACCCCUUCGACUCAUGUUUUGCGCCGGAUGGGUCCAUCGAGAUAUAAGCACAGGAAAUGUCCUUGCCUUCCGGACGAGCCCGAACGACAGAUGGCAAGUGAAGCUUUCCGACCUCGAGUAUGCAAAGCGGUUUCCCCGAGACAAGGACGGAGCCUGCACUGAUCCCAAGACGGGCACCCCUUUCUUCAUGGCGUGCGAGGUCCAGACCCGUCAGUACUUCACCAGAUUGCCGGAGGAGAAGCGGGGACGCAAGAAACAAGGCGAAGUGGCGACUCCGAGUGUACGCAGCGGCGAAGCUCAAACCGUGAGUCACAACUACCAACAUGACAUGGAAUCCUUCUGGUGGAUCUUCGUUUGGGCAUCUUCCUCGCGCGUUAACCAGCGAGACCUUCCGAUGAAGUUUGGAAAACAGUAUUUCCAGCAAAGCAUGGAGGGUAUUUAUGCUGGAGGGCGUCGUUCUCUCCUCCAAAAUCCACUUCACAAGAACGCGGACUUGCUACUCUCCCUGCCCACCCCUUUGAAGUCGUCGUUUUUGAGUGCACUCGAAGACCUGCGCUACAACAUUUAUCUGGCCUACAUGGAACGCAAUGGACCCGAGAAGGCUGACGACAUCUCUACAUAUUCUUGGAUCACUGGAGAUGCGUUCACGAUUUUCUUCGAAACGAUUGAGGAAUUUCGCGCGGAAUGGGAAAGCAUCGAGCUGGUAAUCGAGAGCCACCUUCGGAGCAGGGAUCCAAUGGUCAGGGCUAAAGUGUUGCGAAAGGAUAGUCAGUCGAGCUUCUCGCAGGUUCUGCCGAAAAAGCGAAAGUUUGAAGAAGUUGACCAGGAGUUCGAUGGUAAGACAGAGGGUGUUGGGGCAGAUGAGAGCGAGGUCUUGGUGGAAGCGAUCCCUGUCGUUGAAGGUACAGAGGUAGUUGGAGACGUGCCAGAGGGCUCCGAGACAAGUGAGAAAGACGAGAGAGAGUGCUCGGACGAUGGCUUCGACUCCGGUCCCUCAAAGAGAGCCCGACAUUGA